AACCAAAACAUUCUACACACCACAAAUAUCUUCUUAACUAUCAGCCGACACGCUAUAUUUUGAAGCAGCUACACCUGUAAAGUUGUCUCCGCCGGGAAAACCAACUUCCAGGCAGGUGAAACAUUUCUCGCCCACGUCUAAAAACGAAUUUCAAAGGCUGCAAAACCUCAAAGAAUCUAGUAGCUCUAAAACCCCGAUAUUUUCACUUUGAGCUUACUAUGAAUGGAUUGAAGCAGCUACUGUAGGGAGAGUGGUUUUGGGUCGUCUCAUUUGAAAAGAAAUCUGCUUUGGUAGGGUUUCGUAAUAAUUUUUCCUGCAAGCUCUGCCCAUUUCCUUUCAUUGGCAUUGUUGACAGCACAACACAGUUUGUGCAGAAUAUUGAGCUACAUGUGCUUAUUUUUUAGGUGUAAAAAAAUACUUCGACUUAUAGGAAAUCUCAAAAGAAAUAAGCGUGAAAGAAGACAAUGAAGAUAUUCUCUUGAGUUUCUUUUUGAUGCAUCUCUUCCACAUCCUAAAGUUGCAAGUGCUAGUUUUGUACUUCUUCCCAACAAUUAACAUCUCGUGGUGCUAAGAAUUGAACUGGUGACCUGUUAAGAACCAUAUUCACUUCACUUCUCUUGAAAAUUACUGGAACAGAAAAUGAGUGAAGUAGAGCAUUUGGAGCCUCCUGCUGUAUCAAAUGAAGCAGCAGAAGCAUCGUCAUCUUCCACAUCAAGCAAGGUGGUGUCCGGACCUCCAAACUUCAAGCGGAAGCCAGUUGUUAUCAUCGUGAUCGGAAUGGCUGGAAGUGGUAAGACAACUCUGUUGCACCGCCUUGUUGCACACACAAAGAUGUCUGGAAUCCGAGGAUAUGUUCUGAACCUGGACCCUGCAGUAAUGACACUACCUUUUGGUGCUAAUAUUGAUAUCCGGGACACUGUUAAGUACAAGGAAGUUAUGAAGGAGUUCAAUCUAGGUCCGAAUGGUGGAAUUCUGACAUCCUUGAACUUAUUUGCAACCAAAUUUGACGAGGUCAUAGGAUUGGUGGAGAAAAGGGCAGACGAUCUUGACUAUGUUCUUGUAGACACACCAGGUCAGAUAGAAAUAUUUACCUGGUCUGCUUCGGGAGCCAUAAUAACAGAAGCUUUUGCUUCCACCUUCCCCACCAUGGUGGCCUAUGUCAUUGAUACUCCCCGCUCAACAAACCCAAUCACUUUUAUGAGCAAUAUGCUUUAUGCAUGCAGUAUACUUUACAAGACACGCCUGCCUCUUCUCCUUGCAUUUAACAAGAUAGAUGUUUCUCAUCAUCAAUUUGCUUUAGAGUGGAUGGAGGAUUUUGAGGCAUUUCAGGCAGCAAUAGAGAAUGACAGAUCAUACACUUCUACCCUCAGUAGAAGCUUAUGUCUUGUACUGGAUGAAUUUUAUCAAAAUCUACGAACCGUUGGGGUGUCAGCAGUAACAGGUGCUGGGAUGGAUGAUUUCUUUGCAGCAGUUGAAUCAAGUGCGAAUGAGUACAUGGAAAACUACAGGGUUGAUCUUGAGAAACGACGCACAGAGAAAGAACAAUUGGAGGAGGAGCGCAAGAAGGCCAGUAUGGAGCGUUUGAAGAAGGAUUUAGAGGAGUCAAAGGGUGCACGAGUUGUUUUAAGCUCAGAUUCACACAAGGAGGAUGAAGUUGAAGAUGAAGAAGAUGAUGAAGAAGAUGUGGAUGAUUAUACUGAUGAGGAAGAAAGGAAUGUAGAAGAUGAUGAUGAUUAUUGAGCUUUCCUGCAAGAAAAUUUUCCCUUAAGCUUUCAUCAUCUCACUUGACCAUCAUUCAGCACAGUAUUUAUCUGGAAUCAUCCUUCCUUCAUUUUGUAUGACAUUUUAUUAGGCCACCAACUGAAUUUAGUGAUCAUAAUACAUGACAUUGAGAUACCGUACUGUUAUUA